AUAGGACCAGAGGGAACGGCCUCGAGCUGUGCCGGGGGAGGUUCAGGACCAGCUGUGGCAGCAAUAAAACUCACUCCCGGGAUUUCAGCACGAUGCAGCGAGCAUCACGGCUGAAGAGGGAGCUUUCCCUCUUGAGCACGGAGCCCCCCCCUGGCAUCACCUGCUGGCAAAGCGGGAGCCGCCUGGACGACCUCCGGGCACAAAUUUUAGGAGCUGCAGACACGCCAUAUGAGAAAGGAAUAUUCAACCUGGAGAUAGUUGUUCCUGAAAGAUACCCAUUUGAGCCCCCAAAGAUUCGCUUUCUGACCCCUAUCUAUCAUCCUAACAUUGACUCUGCUGGAAGGAUUUGCCUGGACGUUCUUAAGUUACCACCAAAGGGCGCAUGGAGGCCUUCCCUGAACAUCUCCACGCUGCUCACCUCCAUACAGCUGCUGAUGGCCGAGCCCAACCCUGACGACCCUCUCAUGGCAGACAUAUCCUCAGAGUACAAGUACAAUAAGCAACUGUUCUUGAUAAAUGCCAAGGAAUGGACUGAGAAAUACGCAAGCCAGCAAAAGAGGGCUUCCAAGGCUUUAGAAGAGAAAACAAACCAGAGUGAAACAAGUACCGCCAGUGAAUCUAUCAUGCUGAAAAGAAAAGGGAGUGAUAUCACCAAGAAGGAGAAGAAAUCUCGCCUGGAGUCCUAAGUGAUUUUUGUUCCUGGUGUGGCUGUCAACUUUGGUUUUGCUCUCCUUUUUUCUUUACCCGGGUAUAACUAAAUAUGUUAAUAUUAAUAGUAGCAGGCUUUGUUUUUCUAUUUCCUAGGUGCUUUUCUGUCAGAAGUUCUAUUAUAUAAAUAAAAUAUAAAGCUUUUAUUUAU